CACUUCCAUUGGAAAUCUGAAGCAACGUUCUACAGAAUAGAAUUUUUGAUUGCAUAGAGAGUUUCUUCAGGAAUGGGAAAUAGCCACUACAAUUCCUGAAAAUCUUUCAAUACUUACCAUUUUGCUGGGCUUCUUUUGAGUUCUAAAAAAUGCUCAUAUAUUUUAUGUUACACCUAAUUAUAUGUAUGUAUAUGUGUGCAUGAGUGUGUGUGGAUUCCCAAAAAUCUAGGUUCAGUCUUGUGCAACAAAGAUCGGAGGCAGCUCGUGUAAGGAGGGGUAGAGGAUGAGAGGAAGACCCAAAGGGAAAUGGGUUGAGAUGGUGAGAAGGGGUAUGGAGACCUUUUCACUUGCUAAGGAUAGGGCUGCCUUAUAUAGGACUGAUUGGUGAAACAGGCUUUGUAAGCUGUCCCCAAAUAGCUGAGACAAGGCUUUGAUGAUUACUAGGAUGAUGAUGAUGUAAGCACAUGCACACAUGCUUCAUGGUUGUGGAGAAGCUACAGUCUGGUGGUAAAUCUAAAAGGGAGGGUUGGCAGACUGAACUGCCAAGGUUUGGGCUUGGAAGAGGUGUUAUAGAAAUGUUGGAAAAUGAGAAAACAAAAGAUGCAGCUUGGCAAGGCAGAUGCUCUGGUACAGUCUACAUCGGUGGAGGUCAAUCUGAGGGCCAUUUUUCUUUGACAAAUGAGGCAUAUUCAAUGUUUUCACAUACCAAUCCACUGCAUCUGGAUGUAUUCCAAAGUGUAGCACGAUUUGAGGGGGAAGUAGUUGCUAUGACAGCUGCUCUACUUGGCAGCAAAGAGAAGAGCUCUGGAGGGCAAAUAUGUGGCAACAUGACAUCAGGUGGGACCGAGAGUAUACUAUUGGCCAUGAAAUCAUCACGUGAUUACAUGAAAAUGAAGAAAGGGAUCACAAAGCCAGAGAUGAUAAUUCCUGAAUCAGCACACUCGGCAUACGACAAGGCAGCCCAAUAUUUUAACAUCAGACUUUGGCGUGUUCCAGUAAAUAAAGAAUUUCAAGCGGAUGUGAAAGCAAUGCGGCGAUUCAUUAACAGGAAUACUAUCUUAAUUGUUGGGUCCGCUCCUGGGUUUCCACAUGGCAUCGUCGACCCUAUUGAAGAGCUGGGUGAAUUGGCAUCUAGGUCGGGUAUUUGCUUUCAUGUUGAUCUCUGCCUUGGUGGCUUUGUAUUGCCUUUCGCUCGUAAGCUUGGGUACCCAAUUCCACCUUUUGAUUUUUCUGUUGAGGGGGUCACAUCAAUAUCUGUGGAUGUGCACAAAUAUGGCUUAGGUCCAAAGGGCACCAGUACAGUCCUUUAUAGAAAUCAUGAAAUUAGAAAGCACCAAUUUGUCGCUGUAACUGAAUGGUCAGGUGGACUGUAUGUUUCUCCAACUAUUGCUGGAAGCCGGCCCGGGGGAUUGAUUGCUGGUGCUUGGGCAGCUAUGAUGUCUUUAGGGCAUGAAGGAUACUUGGAAAACACGAGAGAAAUUAUGGAAGUAUCAAAGCGGAUACAGAAAGGGAUAAAGGAGAUCCCGGAGCUAUUCAUCAUUGGAAGGCCGGACAUGACAAUCGUUGCAUUUGGCUCAAAUGGUAUAGAUAUAUUUGAAGUCAAUGACCUGAUGUCAUCCAGAGGUUGGCACUUGAAUGCCCUGCAGAGACCAAACAGCAUUCACAUCUGCGUGACCCUUCAGCAUGUCCCGGUUGUUGAAGACUUCCUAAGAGAUCUAAGAGAAUCUGUGGAAACUGUAAAACAAAACCCGGGCCCGAUUAGCGGGGGUCUUGCUCCUAUCUAUGGCGCUGCUGGAAAGAUGACCCAUCGAGGUAUGGUACGGGACUUGUUGGUAGAUUACAUGGAUGGCACUUGCUAAGCCCAUACAUUGCUCUUGGACUGGAUCUCAUCCAUACAGAAUUCCAAGGCUCUUUGAUCGUUCGCUUCUGUGGCAUUCUUUUGGUUUCAAAGGAUAUCUGUUGUUUUGGUGGGCCCUGUGGCGUGAUCGCCCAUCAGUACUUUUACACCGGCCUUCGAUUGAUAUCUGUUUGUAUUUUGUAAGAAGGCUAUUUGCAGAAACUGGUGAAAUAUGUUCUGAUCAAGUGCAUGUUCUAGACGUAUGAUGGUAAGGGUGGACCGUGGUCCAGUGACUGUUUGGGUGCUUAAACUGCUUAUAUAGUCGUGUGACCAAUAUUUUCACAGAAAAUUCACUAUAUUUUCACAGAAAAUUAAUGGGACAAUACUCUGUUAUUGCAAGAUUUUCAAAAUAUUGGCAGUUUGUAAUUUUUUUCA